GCGACGAGUCACGUCUUUCCUCCGGAGCAGCAGCGGAACGCACACGCAGUGUGCAGCUGCGGAGAUCGUCUAAUCAUGGUGGUGUUACACGUGCUCUUCGAGCAUGCUGCAGGCUAUGCCCUGUUCGCAGUCAAAGAGGUGGAGGAGAUCGGCAUGCUGCUGCCUCAGGUUGAGGCCAGUGUUCUGAACAUUGGAAAAUUCAACAGCAUGGUGAGUCUGGCGGCUUUUUUCCCUUUCAAGUCGGCCCAGGCUGCUCUGGAGAACAUGAACGCUAUUUCUGAAGGUGUGGUCCAUGCUGAUUUGAAGUUGUUUCUGGAAACCAACCUGCCUCGCUCUGGGAAGAAGAAAGCAGUGUUGGGAGUUUCUGAUUCGAAGGUCGGAGCUGCUCUACAAGAAGAGUUUGACAUUUCCAUCCAGACUGGCGGGGUAGUGGCCGAGGUUACCAGAGGUUUGCGUCUGCACUUCCACUCACUGGUGAAAGGCCUGACGGGCCAGGCUGCAUCCAAGGCUCAGCUGGGUCUCGGCCACAGCUACUCUAGAGCCAAAGUCAAGUUCAACGUCAACAGAGCGGACAACAUGAUCAUCCAGUCCAUUGCCCUGCUGGAUCAGCUGGACAAAGACAUCAACACCUUCUCCAUGCGUGUUCGUGAAUGGUAUGGCUACCACUUCCCCGAGUUGGUCAAAAUUGUGUCUGACAACUCGAUGUACUGCCGCCUGGCUCAGCUCAUUGGAAACAGGAAGGAGCUGUCAGAGGAGAGUCUGGAGCGCCUGGAGGAGGUGGUGAUGGACAGCGCCAAGGCGCAGGCCAUCCUGGACGCGUCGCGUUCCUCUAUGGGUAUGGAUAUCUCGCCCAUCGACCUGAUAAAUAUCGAGAGGUUCUCCAAUCGCGUGGUGUCUCUGGCCGGCUAUCGGCUGGAGCUGCAGGAGUAUCUGCGUUCCAGAAUGUCCCAGGUUGCCCCGAACCUGGCAGCUUUGAUUGGAGAAGUGGUUGGCGCGCGUCUCAUCUCCCACGCCGGCAGCCUGACCAAUCUGGCCAAGUACCCGGCGUCCACCGUCCAGAUCCUGGGAGCAGAGAAGGCCCUGUUCAGGGCUCUUAAAACGCGCGGCAACACGCCCAAAUACGGCCUCAUCUUCCACUCAACAUUCAUCGGCCGAGCCGCCGCCAAGAACAAGGGCCGCAUCUCCAGAUACCUGGCCAACAAGUGUACCAUCGCCUCGCGAAUCGACUGCUUCUCAGAGGUUCCCACGAGUGUGUUUGGGGACAAGCUCCGCGAGCAGGUGGAGGAGCGGCUGUCUUUCUACGAGACGGGCGAGCUGCCGCGCAAGAACGUGGACGUGAUGAAAGAAGCCGUGAAAGAGGCUACCGACGUCGCGGCCGAGAUCAAGCGCAAACAGGAGAAGAAAGAGAAGAAACGCAAGAAGCGUGAGCAGAAGAUGAAAGAGCUCGAAGCGAACGGUGACACCAACGGCGACGUUGAGAUGGAGAACGGCGAAGCAGACACCCCAGUCGCCAAGAAGAAAAAGAAGAAGGAAGCGGAGGAGACGGCGGAGGCAGAGGAACCCGCUGCAGAAAACGGGGCCGCGGAGACUCCAGGCAAGAAGAAAAAGAAACGAAAGGCCGAGGCGGAACAAGCCGCCGAGAACGAAGCAGAAGAAACGGAAACGCCGAGCAAGAAGAAAAAGAAAAUAAAGACUGAGAGCGUGGAGGCCGAGCCAGCAGACGAGAGCCCUGAAACCCCCGUGACUGAGAAAAAGAAAAAAAAGAAGAAAGCUGCAGAGUAAAGACAAACUAUGAACAGAUAUAAUCUAUAUUUUUGUACAGCUUUGUUUUUCCCCAUUUUAUACUUUCCUCCCAUUAGUCUGUCACAAACCUUUUGUGUGGGUGUUUUUGCAACCUCUCAGCAGGUUAGAUGGCAAUGAAAUGCUUAGAACUGUGCCUUCCAUGUUUAAACUCUACCUGUACUCAUGUAAAUAAAUUGUUGAACAAAUUACUCUUGUGAACG